CUAGCAAACAUGCUCGCCGUAUAUAGACCUAGCUGAUUGUAUCUCGAAGUUAAGUAUCAACGAAACUAAAUGCAUAUAAGAGCAAUCGCAUAAUUAUUUUAGAUUUUGAAGGCAGACAGGUUGCCUCGCCAGCGAAGGGCUACCUAGAACGUCAAACAUGCACUUCGAAACGGCUUCCCUUUUCUUAAUCACCGCUUCGGCUGUGCAGGGAGUAGUUUUCGCCAAAGAUGUUGGUGACUAUAUCUGGAACAUCACGCAGUAUCAGGCAGGGCUUUCACAUGGUAACCCGGCUGACCCGACGACUAGUUGGUAUAGGUUCACCGUAUCCGGCUCCAUCCAUGGAUCAAUAGGGUCCGAAUCUUAUAUCCCAGCCUUUGAGGCUCUUUGCACGGGAUCUGGGGCUGGGUUUCCCUUAUCUUCGGAUUACAGCGACUGUGCUAUGGACUCAACCCCCGACGAAUCGGCUCUCUCUGUCUCGGCAAGAAUCGUCCCUUAUGUGGACAACACACAAGCACAUAUUGCUAUAAACUAUGUGUUCUCAACUACAGAUGAGGCAAGGAACUACACAGCUACUGCGGUGACGGACUGGGCUCGUUUACGUGCACCAUACAACUUCACCCUAAGCCCCAACGAGGUGCCGUAGAAGGGCCUGUUCACUGUAACCAGCUGUUAGGGGUGGUCCCUCUUAAGGGAUACGUUGAGACGUAGCUGAAUUUAACCUGUAUUCGAAACGAUUGGCCCAUGAUUUCCGGCGUGGCUAAUGACCUACACUAUGUAUACGUGAUAAAAACACUCACUAGCUCGUGAUUUUCUUGAAACCAGGCAUGAGACUGUUACGAGUUAGGGUGCGAGUCUACACUCAUAUUUUCCCACAAGCUACUUUGAAGAUUUUACUGCAAGGCUAGCCUAGCCCUUAUGUUAUAAGUAGUAGUUAUGGGAUGCCAUAGGGCAUUACUCAUCUCCUCUAAGCUCAUAUCCUCAAGAUAUUGGCAGAGAUAUGGUUCGGAGUGACUAGCUAUAUCCUUUCAGGGGUCGAACAUCCUAGUAAAAAGGGGUAAAACAUACACACUGGGUUCUGAUUCAGAAAGUCUUAGAAAAACUGCUUGAUAGAGCACAUAUGGGCCGUGCUAUUGCUUCAGGUAAC